AUGCCAUGUGACACACUUUUUAGUACCGGCCGAAAUCCAGAUUUGGAGAAAAACUCUGGAGAAUGGGGGUGCUGUUAUUUGCGAUGUUGGGUUAGUGUGGCAAGACCAGAAAAUCAUUCAAGAGAUUCCUCAUAUUUCUACAAAGGCCAUGAUCUUUCUUCCCUCCUCAUGCUCGAGGAAGGUGGUUCCAUUUUCAAAGACACCACCAAACACAACGCCACGCGACCCGCGGAGGCAAUCCUCGGAGAUGGAGGAAUGAACAGCGUUCGACUUCGUCAAUGGGUCAAUCCCAUCGACGGUACAUACGGACUCGCCUACAACAUCCAACUUGCAAAACGAAUGCAAAAACAAGGAUAUAAAAUCUAUCUUGACUUCCACUUUGGCGAUUCAUGGGUCGAUCCAAAUAAACAGCCUCCUCCAGCAGCCUGGCCCACGGAGUUAAAACCGCUGGCUAGGACUUUGAGAGGAUAUGUUAAGGAUACAUUAGUCGCGUUCAAAAAAGCUGGAAUUAAGCUCGAUAUCGUAGCAUUGGGUAAUGAGAUUCGUCAUGGGAUGUUAUGGCCAGUAGGCUAUGUAGAUGUUGAUAUUCAACCCACUAGCGCUCUAAACCAAAACUUUUCGUCGCUAGCCACGCUUUGGAAAUCUGCUCGUGCGGGUGUCGAUGAUGCACUUGCUCUCGGGGUUCACAGACCUCAAGUCAUGAUUCAUAUCGAUGAUGGCUGGAACAUAACACUGCAACAACGUUGGUUCUCCGCCUUAACCGCCAACGGUGUCCCAUUGUCCGCCUGGGACGUAUUUGGAUUCUCGUUUUACCCCUUCUACGGUACAGCAGCUACAUUAGCCAACCUAGGCACAACAUUAAAUUAUAUUGCCGAAACAUAUCGAAAACCCGUUCAUGUUGCCGAGACGGAUUAUCCGGCAAUUUGCAACGGACAGUAUAAUCCCAUACCGGAGAGCAGCGAACCUGAAAUUCCGUAUACGGUUGCUGGACAAUUGGAGUGGACGAAGAAUGUCAUUAGUGUGGUGAAGGAUGUACCUUAUGGAUUGGGGAGAGGAGUUCAUUAUUGGGAACCGGCGUGGUUGAAUAAUACGAGUUUGGGAAGUGAUUGUAAUGAUGCGAUUUUGUUUGCUCCGGAUUAUAGUGCAUUUCCAACUAUGGUGGGGUAUAGUAGGAAAUCGGUAAAUUUGUUCAAGUAG